AUGACAAUCAGCUCUCGUGAUAUCACACAACGUUUUAUGUGUAAUUUUUUAACGACAGUACCUGACAAUGCCGAUUGUGAAGAAGAUGAUGAUGAUUUUUUUAAUCGACAAACAGAUAAAUGUUUAGAUGGAAAGCGAAAUAAAGUACGAACAUACCUUAAGAAUCCACUAUUAACAGACAAUAACAAUAACAAUCAAGGCCUUAAAACUGUUCAUCUUGAUUCAAAAACCGGAAGUGAUAGUAACGAAGAUGACGACUGUGAAGAUUUAAUGACAUUUAAAAAGAAAAAUACAAAAGGAAGCAAAUACAAAAACAAACAUGCUUCUCAUUCAGUAAACAAGUUUUUACAACAACAUUCACAUCAUCCAUCGACUGCUCCUUCUGUGAAGAAAAUCGAUACAAGAGCCGAUUUAGAUUUAUUAUCAUCGUUAGUUGAACAGCCAUUGAUUAAAAAGGAACCAUCAAAACGUAAAAUAAAAUUGACAAAACGAACAGCUGUAAACGAGGAAUUUGAAGAUGAUAAUGAUCAUGAUGAAGAUUAUGUUGAUGAAUCAAUAAAUGCACAAAAUCUUUGGCAUCGACAACAGAUUAACAGAAUGGGAUUAGGAGGGGAUAGAGAUGAAGUGACUGUUACACGGGAUACAGCAGCCUAUGAUCGUCUGAAUCAAGCAUUACGCGUAGCUAAUUUAGUAUUUCGCAAUGAAAAUGAAAUAUCAAUUACCGAAGAAGAUGAUGAAGCAAAUAAAAGCGGAAUCAACAAUGAAGAAAAAGCAGGUAUGAGAACAUCUUGAAGAGCGCCUCAACUUUGGUUUUUUAACUCAACUGCAGAACAAUACAUAUUUUUGUGAUAUUUACUGUCUUCUUUAUAAGAAUUCGGCGCUUCUUCAGUUUUGAAUGAGAAGAAGCCAUUUUGGUUUAUGAGCCCUGUAAACAAAACUAUUUAGCAAGCUUUGAUGAACCUACUUGCCCUCUCUUAGUACAAUAUGUGCUGAGUAUUAUAAUAUUUUUCUGAGCUUGCAAAUAUUAAGUUACAGUUAAAUCAGUUAGAACGUUUUA